GGGCAAAGAGGGAGGGGCGGCUCUAUACUGCAGCUUCUGCUGCAAUCAACAACCUUGGAAGUUAAAAAGAGACUCUUUCAAAGCACAAAAGAAUAUCCCUUCCUUGUGUUGAAGUCUCCCAGUGGGGAAAGCCUGUUAAGGCGCUUCACAGAGACCCGUGGUAAAAGCUCUUCUCCUCCUCCUGCUGCUGCUGCUCCGGGAACCGUGUUGCCUUUGGCACAGGGAAGAGUUUGGAAAGUUGCAGACUUUCCUCUUUUGAUGGAUGAAUCUGCUGUUUCAAUUCUCUCCGGGACGAAAUCACGUAAUCGCUUCGCACGGACUUUUCGGGGGACUCUGGGACCACCACAAUGGGAGGAGAGAGGCUCAGCCCCUUUCAAGGCAGCUAUAAAGCCAGGGCAUGCACCCUUCCCAAUCACCAGAGCAGAGCGAGGGAUCUUAGAGAAGGUUAACACAGGACGGGACUGAAAUUACUAGGCAAAGACCCAGGCAAAAAAAAAAAAAAAAAAAAAAAAAAGCGCUCUCUGGUACUGAGUCUCAAGGAUCAACCUGACAAGGCAAUCUGAAGAAACCCAGUCGCUCACGCAAAAACUAUAGGAACUCAGGAUGAGAUUAUGAGACCCUGGAAACUGCAGAGCGAUCUAUAGGCUGAGAGGAGAUUUACUGGGGCUCCAAGCUCAAUAAGGAGCCAUCUCCCGGCGAGCGCACAAGGGAGGCUCCUAGAGGGUUCAGGUGCUGCACUAGUGACCGGCUGGACGGAAGAGAUUCCCCCCCCCCCCGACAGUUUGGGGUCCCAAGAGGCUCCCUAGACUUUUCCCCAGGCCGGGACCCGGAGUCUGGGCGGGGUAAGCGCUAUGGCCACGGGAGGGGAGAGCAGCGGCGGCCGCGCUGGGGAGCCAGCCCCCUGGCUCAGGGACACAGUCCGGCCCGCCCUGCUCCUCGCCAGCGCCUUCUUCCUCUGCCUGUGGGCGAGGAGGCGCCUGAGGCCGCCGAGCGGGAGCCCGCCCGGUCCCUUCGCCUGGCCCCUGCUGGGCAACGUGCUGCAGCUGGGCCGCCUGCCCCACCUCACCUUCUGCAAGAUGGCCCAGCGGUACGGCGACGUCUUCCAGCUGCGGCUGGGCCGGCGGGUCGUGGUGGUGCUCAACGGCGAGGCCGCCAUCCGCCAAGCCCUGGUCCGGCAGGGCGGCCAGUUCGCCGGCCGGCCCGACUUCCCCUCCUUCCGCCUGGUGUCCGGCGGCCGGAGCAUGGCGUUCGGCCGCUACAGCGAGCUGUGGCGAGCCCACCGCCGCCUGGCCCACGCCAGCCUGCGGGCUUUCUCCACCGCCAGCGGCCGCAGCCGGCGGCUCUUCGAGCAGCACGUGGCGGCGGAAGCGCGGGAACUGAUCCGCGGCUUCCUGCGGCGGGGCGCGGGCGGCGCCUACUUCGACCCCUGCCCGCUGUUCACGGUGGCCAACGCCAACGUGAUCUGCGCCCUGUGCUUCGGCCAGCGCUACGGCCACGACGACGGCGAGUUCCGGGCGCUGCUGGGCCGCAACGACAAGUUCGGGCAGACGGUGGGCGCGGGCAGCGUGGUGGACGUGCUGCCCUGGCUCCAGGCCUUCCCCAACCCCGUGCGCCGCGUCUUCCGCGACUUCCAGGCGCUCAACCGCGAGCUGCACGACUUCGUCCGGGCCAAGGUGGCCCAGCACCGGCGCACCUACGACCCGCGGCUCACCCGAGACAUCAGCGACGCCGUCAUCGGCAAGAUCGAGCAGGGCGGCGGCGGGGCGCAGGGGGGGCUCAGCCGGGACUACGUGGAGGGCACCAUGACCGACAUCUUCGGGGCCGGCCAGGACACCACCUCCACCGCCCUCUGCUGGGUCCUGCUGCUGCUGCUCAAGCACCCGCACCUCCAGCGCCAGCUGCAGGCCGAGCUGGACCGCGUGGUGGGCCGGGCCCGGCUGCCCACGGCCGAGGACUGCGGCUGCCUGCCCUACCUGGAAGCCUUCAUCUACGAGACGCUGCGCUUCAGCAGCUUCGUGCCGGUCACCAUCCCGCACGCCACCACCGCCGACGUGGUGCUCCAGGGCUUCCGCAUCCCCAAGGACACGGUGGUCUUCGUCAACCAGUGGUCGGUCAAUCACGACCGGCACAAGUGGAAGGACCCCCACCUCUUCGACCCGGCCAGGUUUUUGGACGGAGAGCAAAAGCUGGACAGGGACCUGACCUGCAGCGUCAUGAUCUUCUCCAUCGGCAAGAGGAGGUGCAUCGGCGACCAGCUCUCCAAGCUGCAGAUCUGCCUCUUCACCGCCAUCCUCCUGCACCAGUGCACCUUCGAGGCCAACCCGGCCGAGCGGCUCACCAUGGACUGUAUCCACGGGCUAGCCCUCAAACCUCUGCCCUUCACCGUCUCGGUGAAAAUGAGAGACACCCCUCAGAGCUGCUGGGCUGGGGAUGCCCAGUGAAGAACCACCCUACUCCGAGCUCUCUGGCUGCACUCUCUUUGCUGCGCUGGGCAUGCCGGCUCGCCCUGCCUACACUCAAGAGCAGAUAUCUGCCAGUCGGAACGCUCUCUGUAUAGCUUUAGGUAAGAUCACUGCUUGUAUGCAGGGUUUUCUCCCCCGCGCGGGGCAGUUGCUCCCUUUCCCAGGAAAGUCAGAAGCCCUUUACGGUGAAUUUCUGUUACCUCCCCUUAGAAAGCCUCCAGCCGGUAAGGAGGGAACAGAAAGGAUCGCUCGCUGCCGGAGGCUGUCUGCCCGCUGCUCGCCACAAGCUUUGUUGCUCAGUAGUCUUCUGUCUGCUCCGUGUUAGGUCAGCUCUGACUCCGAUGCAGUUUCAUUCCAUUUCCGAUGGGUAGUGACAGCAUGUGGGUCCAGAGGCGACCUGAACACAGCACCUACUGCCAAGUGAGCUGUAGUUACCUUGAGGAUGCCUUUUUGCAGGUCUGGAGUCUCAGCGAUUUUCGCUUUCUAGAGAUCAGACGUUUCCGAUCUCUGGCUACAUAGGGGAAGUCCUUCAACCUGGCUUCUGUAUGUGGCAGAGGUUUGAGCAGCAAGCUCAGCCUGAAGGCAAAAGGCUGGAGAAAAGAAACGCUGUCUUUGCUAACUUCCCCGAAUUACUGUUGACAUAAGAGGGUCGGCGUAUUCGCACUGCCCCUUAUUAAAACUUCAGAGCCUUACAACAGCUCAUAGCAAGAAGUGAAGGGAUCUAGAUUAAUACU